GCUGGGGACGUUUGCCCUAGGGAUUGAGCUAAACUAAGAAAGACCGGUCCAAGGCUCAGCACAAAAGGAUCUUGUCAUUCCGGUCCUUUCGCCCACGCAGGGAACGAUGCCUCUGGAGGUGGUGGUGGAGCUGCAGAUCCGGGCGAUUUCCUGCCCAGGGGUGUUCCUUCCUGACAAGCAAGAUGUGUACCUUGGGGUUUACCUCCUGAACCAGUACCUGGAGACAGACAGCUUUCCCUCCGUGUUCCCUAUUACGAUUCAGCAGAGAAUGAGAUUUAAAAAGUUAUUCGAAAAAGCAAUAGAUCCUGGAGCUGUAGCAGACAUUUUAGAAAGCUUUCUAACCAGGUUUGAAUUAAUACAGCUAGUGCCUCCAGCGUGGGAAGAGUUGGCCUAUUAUGAAGAAAACACACGGGAAUUUCUUUUCCCUGAGCCCAAGCUGACACCUUCGAACCCAGGGAUAUGUAGGGAAGUGCUCAUGAAAACAACUGCAGGUUUUCCAGGCAUUGCUCCCAAAAUAGAGUUUUCUACGAGGACGGCCAUCAGAGAAUGUGUGUUUCUGCAUAGAAACAGAUUUCUUGAAGAAAGAUAUAAGUCACGAAGGCCUUUGUCUACAUCAUAUGGACCAAAAGACCCCUUAAAUAAUACACAUGUGAAGCCAAGAGAAAGCAAUCUCAACAGACUGCCCCAAUGCAUGCAGUCCCGGGCACCCUCUCCAUAUUCUACCAGGUGUUUCUUCGAGGACCAGCCAGUUCAGUUGAACCUUGGAAAUAAUUUCAGAAUCUCCAGAGAAAGCAAACCUCCAUUUGUAGUUAGACAUGUGGACAGUGCAAAGCCCUUCGGUGAGAAUACCUCCGAGCCUCACUCCCGGAAGAGUAGACGAAAAACGAAGUUUUCAGACUUCCCCUUUCCAAUGAGAAGAGCUUCUUCUCUUGACAGCCUUGCAGCUAACGUAAAGGUUAUCAAAGAGCCAGAUGAACGGAUUGUUUUAAGGAAUCAGUCACCAUCGCCCUUAGAUCCAAGUAAGUUUGGAAAACUCUCGCCCAGUUACCGUAACCAAGGGGAUGCGGAUUUCUACCUGGAAACUUCAUAUACUACCUCCCGGCACUCCAGAUCUCCCAGCCCUCACUCCAGAUCUCCCAGCCCUCAUCUGGACCAGCGCCUUCCCCGAGAAAGGUUCCACCCUGGUUCGCAGCCCACAGGGAAAAAGAUCCAUGAAAGGGUGUGCAGCCUUCUGACAUCCCACAGAGCUCGGCAACACCUAAACAAGGAAGAUUUUAUCUCUGGAGUAAACCGUACCCUUGGCGGACCAAACUACGCUCUGAAGAAGUACCCAGUGCACGCGAAGAGAGAUUUUUAAGCUGAUGUCUUAGGCAACCCCACGUGCAGGGGAAGCUGAAAGAACGCUGGAGGAGCAUCAUGAAAAACUCCCUCAUCCAGACAAUUGACACAUCCUUGGGGAAAUGAACAACAAUUUUUUGUUAUGGGUAUGGAGUUGCCAGUGUUUAAUCCCCUUUAAAUCAAACCCUGUACUCGAUGUUUUGUACCCAGGUAAGAGUCAUUAAUUAAAGUCUUCGUUGUUUGGGGCUCAUA